AUGGAUAAUUCUAUUACACAUUAUGAAACACAUUCCUAUGAACCAUACCUACCAACAAAACUGGGAAAUAACGAUGAAAUAGUGAUUCCCGUUAAUGAAGUUGAAAAGUAUACUUUACCUGGAGAAAGUUCACUCUAUAUAGAGGGAAAAUUAACCAAGAGUGAUGGAACAGUUUCAAAAAAAGCAUCAUUUAUCAACAAUGGAGUAGCUUUUCUAUUUAAAGAAAUGAGGUAUCAGCUCAAUGGUGUAACAAUUGAUUCCGUGCGAGAUGUAGGUAUGACAUCAACACUAAAAGGAUACCUAUCAUACAAUAAUAAUGAAGUAAAUAAGCUUGAAAAUGCCGGAUGGUAUUUGCCAACAACUACUACUACUACUACUACUACUACUGAAAAAAAAUCAAUAGUGGAUGAAAAAACGGGUUUUUUUAAUGUAAGCAUUCCAUUAAAAACUCUCAUGGGAUUUUUUGAAGAUUAUAAAAAAGUGAUAAUAAAUUCUAAACAAGAACUGAUUCUAGUUAGAGAUCAUACUGAUAAUAAUGCUGUUACGACUACGGAAGCAAAUGAAUCAUUAAAGGUAACCCUGAGUAAGGUAUCCUGGAAUGUACCUCAUAUUUCUGUAGGAAUAUCACAAGAAUUGCUUCUUACAAAAAUUAUUGAUAAGAAUGUCGACAUCGAAGUUGGGUUUAGAUGUUGGGAAUUAAUUGAAUACCCAGAGCUUCUUAAAACUAAUAGACAUAAUUGGCCAGUGAAAACAUCAACUAAGAUAGAAACACCCCGUCACGUAAUUAUUGCAUUCCAAAGUGGUAAACGAGAUCAGCUUAAGGAAGAUAUGAGUAAAUUUCAUGAUAUUAAUUUAAGGUCUAUAAGAGUAUUUCUAAACUCUGAACGGUACCCUUAUAUAGACCUUAAUUUAGAUAUCAAACAAAACAAAUUUGCAACCCUCUAUGAAAUGUAUUCACAAUUUCAAUCCACCUAUUAUUCAAAGACCGAUGAACCGAUGUUUAAUCCCGAACAGUUUAAAACCAUAGCACCAAUCUCUUAUAUAAAUUGUAUUCAUCAAAAAGAAUUGCUUCAGUCAGGUCCGGUAGUUAUGCGAGUCGAGUUUGAGUUAAAUAGUGAUUUAGACAAAGAUACUUCAGCUUACUGUUUGGUGAUAUACGAUCGCGUAUUUACCUAUAACCCUCUUACAAAAAUAGUGAGGCAAAUAUAA